GUGAUCUCUCUCUCUUUCACACACUCAUACACACACUGUCUCGGCUGUUCACAUUCCCAGAUUGAAGUACAAAGAAAAUAAUCGUGCAUUGACUCAUCGCAACCAGUGGACAGCAUGGCUUCAGGUGUCACAGUCAAUGAUGAAGUCAUCAAAGUCUUCAAUGACAUGAAAGUACGGAAGUCCUCGUCCUCAGACGAGGUGAAAAAGCGCAAGAAGGCCAUUCUGUUCUGUCUCAGCGAUGACAAGAAGAAGAUUGUUGUAGAGGAAGGCAAGCAGAUCUUAGUUGGAGACAUUGGAGAGACCGUCGAUGAUCCCUACGCCUGUUUCGUAAAGCUCCUACCUCUCAAUGACUGCAGAUACGGCUUAUAUGACGCCACUUAUGAGACGAAAGAGUCCAAAAAAGAAGACUUGGUAUUUAUAUUUUGGGCCCCUGAAUGUGCACCGUUAAAAAGCAAGAUGAUCUACGCUAGCUCUAAAGAUGCCAUUAAGAAGAAGUUUACAGGUAUCAAACACGAAUGGCAGGUUAAUGGUUUAGACGACAUUCAGGAUCGCUCAACCCUGGCAGAAAAGUUGGGAGGAAGUGUGGUCGUAUCGCUGGAGGGAAGACCAUUGUAAACUAAACAUGUGCCAUCUGGAUUCCACACCCUUUUAUCAUCGCAGCUGUCUCUAUUAUUUGAUCCUGAAGGAAAAGUCCGAGUUUAUUUUUAUUUCAUUUUCAUUGAUUUUGUUAGUUUGAUUUCUUUGUUUUUUCCCCCCACAUAACGAUCAACACAUUUACAUAUAUGAAAAAUCGGCCAGUUUAUUGCUAGCUUAUGUUAUCAGCUCCUGGUAGUUUUUUUGUACUUCCCCAAAAAAUUAUUCUGUCUCUCUCUCUCGUGUUUUGCCAAAUGACUGUAGAAAGCUUAAAGAUUAAAUAUUAGGGAUAGUUCACCCAGAAAUACAAAUUCUGUCACCGUUCACUCAUCUUGCUCUAAACUUGUUUGACUUACAUUCUUCCAUGGAACACAAAAAGAGAUGUUAGUUUCCCAGUCACCAUUCACUCUCAUUGUAUGGAAAAAGAAGCAAAGAGAGUAAAUGGUGACUGAUGCAUCACUUCUGUGAUUCGGAAUUCUCAUUUUUGGGUUGAACUAUGCCUUUAACAGCACUACCAGCACAAAGUCAGCGUAUAUCUUUAUAAUGUAUUUACAGAGAUAUUCUAUUAUGCUGUAAGAGGAAUAUAUGAGAAUUCUGUUUAUUAAUGCCUCACAGCAACACAUUAUCCAGUAACAAGCACUUUACAAGUUUUAAACUAUUUAUUUGAACUCUUCUACAUAAUCUGGCUCAUUUGAUAUGGUAAACAUGUUAAAAAGUCAAUGCUGGUAAAAAAGCACUUUUUUUUUUACACUACCAAUUGAAGGAGGACUUUGGAAUUUCUGACUGUCAACCGAAAUAGAAGUUACCACAGUUUUCAUUCCUGUUACGCAAAAGGACAUAAACAGAUGGGUCUGAACUGUUCCACUGCAGUCUUUUUGAUACAAAUGCACAGCAUACUCUACAGAACGUGAAGGCCAAGCUGCUCGGAAGUUUUUUAACAGUAAAAAAAGCAUACAUAUUAUCUGUAAAGAUGGCAAAGUUUGCAGCCUGAAGUGAAACACUGUUUUUGAGAUCGAAGGAAGUUGCCACUUUGAAAUAAAUCCUUGUGGCGGAUUUGUUGGCUCAAUUAAAUGCUUUGAAUGCUUUUCAUCGGGGUCAUACAAUAAGACAUUUUACUUUUGGCCUGUGUGUUUUCUCACUCAUCAAAUUGUUCUUAAUUGAAAGUGUUGUUUAAUGAAAACAAGUUUUGUUUUGGCGUUUAUAUAUUUAUUCACAUUAUAACCAAAGGAUAGCAUGCAAUGGCCCCAAUAAGUAUUUGGACACUGAAGUCAUGCAUAUAAAUGCAUGAAUAUCAUUGCAUUUUUAAAUAACAAAAUAUCAAACUAAGUGGCAUUUCUUUUAAACAAAUGUAGCACACUUUUCAAUUAAAAUAUUUCAGUUUGUUAGUUUUUAAAUUCAACUACAGUGGCAAGAAAAUAUAAGUUUGAAUAAACCCUUUACCAAACCAAAUUACCAGCAUUUAUGUAUAAACGUAUGUAUAAUAUCUGAUUUGAUCUUCAUCUAAGUUGCAAUAAUGUUUGGAAAAAGUAUGUGAACCCCUAGGCUAAUUACAUAAACAAAAGCAAAAUUAGAGUCAGAACUUUGCUAACGCAUCCAAUGAAUGAAACAAGAUUGGAGGUGUGGGUUAGAGCUACUACGACUUAUAAAAAGCAUCCUUUGCUAUUCCUUUUUUUCCCUCCCCUUUUCUCCCCAAUUUGCUCUAAGUUCUCAUGGUGAUGUAGGGACUUGCCUCAAUCUAGGUAGUGGAGGACGAAUCUCAGUUGCCUCUGCAACUUAGACCGUCAAUCCGUGCAUCUUAUCACGUGGCUUGUUGAGUGCGUUACCACACAGACAUAGCACGUGUGGAGGCCCACGCUAUUCCCUGCGGCAUCCACGCACAACUCACCACGUUCCCCACCAAGAGCUAGAACCACAUUAUAGCGACCACGAGGAAGUAACCCAUUUGACUCUACCCUCCCUAGCAACCGGGCCAAUUUGGUUGCCUAGGAGACCUGGCUAGAGUCACUCAGCACACCCUGGAUUCAAACUUGUGACUCCAGGGGUGAUAGUCAGUGUCUUAACUCACUGAGCUACCCAGGGACCCCUCUUUGCUUUGCUAUGCUAUUCACAAGAAGAAUCUGCUGACGUGGACCACGCCUUUACAGGGUUACAGUUAUCUCGAAGAGCUUAGAUAUUCAUCUGUUCACUGUUAGACAAAUUGUCUAUAAAUGGAGACUAUUUAGUACUGUGGCUACUGUCCCUAGAAGAGGCCGUCCAGCCAAGAUGACUCAAAGGGCACACCGCACAAUGCGCAAAAAGUCUAGAGAGACAGCUAAAGACUUGAAGGAAUCAUUGGAACUGUACAUCCACUACAGAAUGGCUUAAAAAAAAAAAAAAAAGAAAAUCCACCUUUUGGAGUGGCCCAGUCAGAGAUGAAACCUUAACCCAAUAGAAAUGCUGUGGAAUGACCUCAAGAGAGCUGUUUGCACCAGACACCUUCUAUAAGGAAGAAUGGUCAGAAGUUCCUUCUGUACGUUGUGCAGGUCAAAUCCGCAGCUAACGCAAACGCUUGGUUUAGGUUAUUGCUGCCAAAGGAGGAUCAACCAGUUAUUAAAUCCAAGGGUUCACUUACUUUUUCCACAGCAAUAUGAAUGUUUAAUGAGAUGUGUUCAAUAAAGACAUAAAAAAGA